AUAAACAAUAUGCGCAGACGCAGACGCGUUAUGGACAGUCAGAUAGCGCACUAGGAGGAAAUUCACCCACUGCUGUUGAGACCAGCAUAUUUUCUUUGGGAUAUACCGAUCGCAGAGCCUUUCGACGAGCUUUUUUUUUUUUCCGACGGGGCGAACAUGGCGACGCUGGGACCGGAGCCCCGUCCUCAUUCCCAGCUGACUUCUGCCGCAUUACAGACGAACCUGAGCGGACUGGGCUCCAGCACGAGUCUGCCUCUAAACCGGGGCUUGGAGAGAGCUCUGGAGGAUGCGGCGAACUCCGGAUUUCUGAACCUCAGCACAAGAAAACUGAAAGAAUUCCCUCGGACAGCAUCUAAUUACGACCUAACGGAUACUGUUGAAGCAGAUCUGUCGAAGAAUCGCUUGAUUGACAUCCCGUCAGAGAUGUGUCAUCUGGUCUCCCUGGAAACGCUGAACCUUUAUCACAACUGCAUCAAAAGCAUUCCUGAUACCAUCAUCAGCCUUCAAUCCCUGACCUGCUUAAACAUCAGCCGGAACCAGCUGUCAGUGCUGCCAGCGUGUGUGUGUGGUCUUCCUCUGCGAGUGCUCAACGCCAGCAAUAACAAACUCAACGCACUUCCAGAAAGCAUUGGCCAGCUCACCAAUCUCAUGGAGCUGGAUGUAAGCUGUAAUGAAAUCACAGCUCUCCCACACCACAUUGGCCAACUCAAAGCUCUGAGGGAGCUCAAUGUGCACCGAAACCUUCUCUGUGUCCUGCCAGAGGUCAGGCCACUACAUCCUUCCUUCAUCCGUGUCAUUCACACUGAGGACAUCGAUCAGCACAAGAAACUUGACAGUGACUCUGGGGUGGGCAGUGACAACGGAGACAAACGCCUUUCUGCUACAGAGCCAUCAGAUGAAGACAGUCUCAGCUUGAAUGUGCCCAUGACCAACAUCACAGAGGAGGAGGGCUUGAGCAAAGACGACUCCAGUGAACACAUCAGCGCUCUGACAGCAGACAGAAGUUCAUCGGAAUCUCUCAAGGAGUAUCUGAGCUAUCGAGACUCUAUCCUCAGCUCACCGUUCAUCAGCUAUAUCAAAGGUCGAGGUGCUGACUUCGAUGAGCCCCUCAGGAUAGAGGAAGACACCAACUGGGCUUCAGAACAAAUAUCAAAGGUCAAUAUGAUUAAUCAGCUAAAGGAAGCUGUGGAGAUGCUACAGGAUCCUAACAGGGUUAACAUGAACUCAGCUGAUCUCUCUAGUAUUAAGCUCUACCCUGUGGAAAUGGUUACAUUAGAUGAGUCGCUCAAUGGCCAAGAGAGUGACGAGUGUCAGGCAACACCUAAGGCGGCUCCUGGAGAAUGCUGGGAGUUCCAGAGGAAGCGACAGUACAUUCUAGAACGGGCCCGGCUCGAGGCCCAGCUCGCAUGUCAACAGUAUGCCCUGCACAUGGCACAACAGGGUGACGUGAUUGGCCAGGAAGGAUCAGGUGAUAGUUGUGAGAACCAAGUUACCAAGAGUGAAGACAAAACCCCAGUUUCCAGCCCCACAUUGAGCUCACCUCCCUUUGGUCUGAAGCCCAGAUCAGCUUCACCCUCUUUGCUGUGCUCGACUCCGCCCUGUCCCCACCCCCUUACACAGGCCCCGCCCACAGAUAGAGACACGCCCCCUAGCCCAGCUGAAGGAGACAUGCCAAGCAGUGUGUAUUUCAGGACGCACAAGACUCUGGAAUCAGUAGAUCCUCAGUUCACCAUGAGGAGAAAGAUGGAGCAGCACAGAGAGGAGCUGGAGCUCAUAGAGCAACUGCGAGAGAGUAUAGAGAGCAGACUGAAAGUAGUUCUUCCUGAAGAUCUGGGCUCUUCUCUCAUGGAUGGGGUCGUGCUUUGUCACCUAGUCAAUCACAUUCGGCCGCGUUCAGUGGCCAGUAUCCAUGUACCAUCCCCUGCAGUGCCCAAACUUAGCAUGGCUAAAUGUCGCAGAAAUGUUGAAAACUUUUUGGACGCCUGCAGGAAAAUGGGAGUCCCUGAGUCCUCUCUCUGUUCGGCUUAUGACGUUCUGCAGUUUAACCUGCGUCCGCUCUGGGCCGUGGUCGCGGCCUUGCUCAUGGUGGAGAGCACAGGAACAAGGCAGAAGGAAGGAAAGGUGGAGAGUGUCAAGAAGCUUAUCCCCGAGUCCACUCAGACUCCACCCCCUUCCUGGCAAAUAUGGGAUCUGAUUGGCUCAAGUCUACUGCACGUGUUCUGUCUGGUGAUGCUGUUUGUGGCCUACAGCUGGAGCGAAUUUAAAUAACGCAUAUGAACUAAAAACACUCAAAUAACACAUUAUAUUAUUUACUGGUCCUUGAAAGCACAUUGAACAGUUUGUGAUGGCCUCACUUAAAGGGAAAGUCCACCCAAAAAAUUAAAAUUCUGUCAUCAUUU